CCACCAUAGCGUUUUCAACCUGCACACAACACAGUCGCUACCUGUGCCGCACAAAAAAAAAGAACAAAAUUAAAAGUUCAAUCUGUCAUGGCGGUCUCUUACGCCGUUUCCCGCGUUUUAAGACGAGCAUCACCGAUCUUUUACCAAAAAAGAUUGGAAUCGACUGUCGCUAGUUUAACGAAAGAUGAAAUUUUAAUAUUAUUGAGGCCUCCUUUUACAAAUUGGAGUAAUAUUAUAAGAGAUGCAGAGAAAGUGGUGGGUUAUCCGACGUCUUUUAUGAAUCUGCGGUGUUUGUUGAGCGAUGAAUUUGCUAAUAUGGCGCUGUAUUUAAGGAAGCUGGUCGGGAGCAACCACCUAGUAAUGCAAACAGCAAAAAACGUACUCUACGGUGACUCCAAAAACCUGCAACCCUGGGGCCUCAUCAUCCUACUCCUCUCCAAGUCAGUCAAGACCCCUAACUACACUCCUCAAAUGAAGAUCAAUGAGGAACAGACCAGGGUCCUAGCAGAACUGACAGAAAUGAUGAGAACAGGCCACCUGAUCCACCGAGGAAUAGUCAACGUACCUUUUGCUAAAAGAUCCAAAGAUACAGAGUCAGCUAUCUUUGGUAACAAAAUAGCCAUUUUGUUAGGAGACUAUCUUUUGGUUACUGCAAAUGGUAUGCUUGCUAAUCUCAGAAAUUCUGAUGUGUCUUAUAUAAUUUCUACAGCAUUAAAAGAUUUGUCUGAAGGGGAAUUCUUUGGGGAAAGAGAUGAACAAAAUAUGCCUAUACCCGGUAAGCCUGAGCCAAGUGGUAAGGAUUAUGAAAUUACUUUUGAUACUAAUUCUAUUGCUGUAGAUGAUGUGUUAGGUAAGCCUAGAAAAGAAUGGACUGCUAGAACAGUUUAUAAUGGGGUCAGUCUUUUAGGCAGAGGCUGUCAAUCCGCCAUGGUUUUGGACAGACAGAAUCGAGAGAUGCAAAACUUGGCGUACCAAUUUGGGUGUCACGUUGGUCUAGCGUGGCAAGCUGCUACAGAAAUUCAACAGCUAACUUCAGACAGUAAAGAACAAUUUUGCUUGGCAAGUGCUCCUGUACUUUUCGCUUUGGAUAGUAAUCCUAAUUUGUACAAGAUAAUUUCUCAGUCCAAAAAUGAUGUUAAAGAUGUAGAUUAUGAAGAUUUGAAGUUUAAUAUUUUAAAGACUGAUGCUGUGGAUAAAACUCAGAUGCUUUACGAGGAACAUGCUAAGAAGGCCACGGAAUAUAUUGACGGGAUCGGACAGAAUGAGUCCGUUGAUAUGAUUAAAAAGUUAAUUAAUACUUUUUAGGUUAAAACUUGUAACUAGAGUAUUAAAUUAGGAAUUUUUGAUUGUAAAAGAUAUAUGAUCAUGUAAUAUUUUUUAACCACGAAACGUAAAAUCACUUAUUUCUAUAUACUUCAUAUAUAGCUAUAUAUCACUUUCAUUUAGAGAAUAAGAGAUGAGAUAUUAUGAGUCAUGGUUGAUAAAUUAUUUUGUUUAAGUAAUUGUUUAUUUAUGAAUUUAGUUUAAUUAUGUUGAGGCCAGUUUCAGCACCUUGGUGAGGGAAUUAUUUGACAAAUAAUUUCAAACUUGUGACCAAUAAAAAAAAAUAUGUAAGUUGGAGGCCUAUAAUCUCGUCUUCCAUUUAGAUUAUA